CCCGGUAAAAUAAAUAGAAUAUGAGAGUAAUAUAAAUCCAGUCAAGACUUCGGAUCGAAGGAAAAAAAAAAGAAAAAAAAAGGAAAAAAAAUCAAUCUGCUUGGAUGGUCCGAUCGCAUGGCUUCCUCUCACCAUACUCGUUCUCAUGGCACUCACGUUCCUCUCCCUUCUGACUCAGGUGGCAAUCCAUUUGACAAUGAAGCUCCUCUGGUUCCAAUCCAUAUAGUGACCGAUGUUUCUCAGCUUCCUCUGGAGUUCCUGAACCCUUCGCCGGAAAGGCAGUUGGUCGUAGGUUUUGACUGCGAGGGCAUUGACCUUUGUCGCCAUGGCAAUCUUUGUAUUAUGCAGCUUGCAUUUCCAGAUGCUAUAUAUUUGGUUGACGCCAUUGAGGGUGGAGAGGUGCUCAUAAAAGCCUGUAAGCCUGCACUUGAGUCUAGUUACAUCAAAAAAGUUAUUCACGAUUGCAAACGAGAUAGUGAGGCAUUGUACUUUCAAUUUGGCAUCAAUUUACACAACGUUAUGGACACCCAGAUUGCUUAUUCUCUUAUAGAAGAACAAGAAGGACGGACAAGAUUGCCUGGUGACUACAUAUCUUUUGUUGGCCUCCUUGCAGAUCCACGCUAUUGUGGCAUAUCUUAUCAGGAGAAGGAAGAGGUUCGUGUCCUCCUUAGACAGGAUCCCAACUUUUGGACUUAUAGACCAUUAUCCGAGCUUAUGGUCCGUGCAGCUACAGAUGAUGUUCGCUUUCUUCUAUACAUCUACCACAUGAUGAUGGAGAAACUGAAUCAACGAUCCUUAUGGUACCUUGCAGUUCGUGGAGCAUUGUAUUGCCGAUGUUUCUGCAUCAAUGAUAAUAAUUUUGCUGAUUGGCCAUCUCUCUCUCCCAUUCCAGGUUCUUAUGAUAACUUAAUAACAGAAGGGAAUGCUCCCGAGGAAGAAAUACUUUCUAUUCUUGAUGUUCCUCAAGGGAAGAUGGGUCGUGUUAUUGGAAGAAAAGGAGCUUCCAUAAUGUCAAUAAAGGAAUCUUGCAACGCUGAAAUCUUUGUUGGAGGUGCUAAGGGUCCACCAAACAAGGUAUUCGUCAUUGGACCUGUAAAGCAGGUGAGGAAAGCUGAAGCCAUGCUGAGAGGAAGAAUGAUGGAUUAAUAGUGAGAGUGUCUUUUAGGGCUUCUCGUAAAACUGUAAUCAAAUGAUCACAAACUCCCAAGACCAUUUGCGUUUGCCUGACCUCCCUAUAUGUACAGUGAUCAUUAUCUACCCAUCCGAGACUGAGACUGAAUUUGAUCCUGGACAAUAUUGAUAUUGGAGGUAGGCUUUAAAUGCAAAUUAAAUGUCUGUUGUUCUAAAAAGGAAAAUAUCUGUAUAAUUAGCCAUUUGGAGAAUGAAAAAUAUAUAAUUAAAUAAUGUUUAGGAGUGUUGGCUCAAUUAGUUCUCACGUUUAAGUAGGGG